CUUCCCUCCUGUUAUAAAUAGCCUGAGACUCUAGCUACUCCUUUCAAUCCAUAUACUUCUUCUUCUUCACCUUAUGCAAGAUAAUGGACAAAGUUAUGAGAAUGUCGUCCGAAAAAGGGGUGGUUAUAUUUACCAAGAGCUCCUGUUGUUUGUCCUAUGCGGUUCAAGUUCUCUUCCAAGAUCUUGGUGUUAACCCUAAGAUCCACGAGAUUGAUAAGGACCCUGAAUGCCGAGAGAUAGAGAAGGCUCUUAUGAGGCUAGGGUGUUCAAAGCCGGUCCCAGCCGUCUUCAUUGGUGGCAAGCUCGUUGGUUCGACCAACGAAGUAAUGUCCAUGCACCUAAGCAGCUCGCUCGUUCCCCUAGUGAAGCCAUAUUUAUGUUAAACAACAACGAAGGAGUAUUUAUGAUAUUAAUUAGCUAUGUAUAUGUUAUUCAAUAAGGAACAAAAUUGAGCCAAAUCUUUGUAAUGUGUUUUUUGGUAUUAUUAUUGGUUGUAUAACAUUGGGAAAGUGUACGUAUAAUUAUAAGACUGUUAUAUUGAUUCGAAGGU